AUGGCCAUUGAUUUAAAAGACUUAGUCAAAGAUUCCCAACAAACUAUAACUUCUUUAUGCGAUAAGAUAGUGGACUUUCUGAGCAACCCAAACAACCUUAGUUCGACUAUCACACGCAUAGCUUGUCUUGCUAUUUGUAUAAUCGCAGUAAUCAUAAUGGUUGUUCUGGCCUACGUUAAUGUCUGGCGAUUGCGAACGCAUAAUAAGCGUAUGUCUAAACUAAGGUCUCAAGAUAGCCGGUCGACUUACCGCUCAAGUCCAGAUCACAGCGAUUGGUACAUUAACGAUGGUUUAUGGAUAAGUAGCCCUCCCCAAGACAAUAGACAAUCCUUAAGGGGCCAAGAUCCUACAAUUAACAUGUCCCUAGAUGAUAAGCUCAACCCAAAAUCAUCGUCUAGUUCAACAACAUCAAUCCAUGCUUCUUCGGAAUACUUUAAACAGAUGACCGCCACAGCAUAG